CCACCUGGCGUCGUUACCCUGUCCCCGUCCCCAUCCUCACCGGGCCUGGACUCACCUCAAAUUUGAACUGCAGUUCUCUGAAUUAAGUGAAUGUUACUCCAAUCGUUUUAUGACACAUAGGCAGGACCAUUUUGAGAAAAAGACAUAAAGAACUUCCGAAAGACAAUCUUACCUUAACGAUGUCCGAGUGGUUUGGAAUGGUAAUAGUAAGGGUCCGUGAUCAGAGUUAAAACUUUUGAAUUCCGGGAUCUGACAAAGCUUUAAAUAAAUUGAGGGUGUGCUAUGCUGAAGCAGGUAUUGCAGAUGUUUUUCAGCUGUAUAUGAUUAAGCCAAACUGUCCGUCGAAUUAGAAUUUAACUCCAAUUACCAGCAAUUUUGUGGUGUAAUUUCCUCCAUAGACUUCUAAACCAACGUAGGCGGAGAAUAUAUGAUGAAUUUAAAGACUGCAAGGGCAGUUUGUAUGGCAAUUUAGCAGUGUAAUGUCUGCAUGGCUUUAUGCAGACAAGGGCAGGAUUGGCAUUGCGAAUAAUUCAUCUGAUCGUACGAUGAAGCAGGUGGAUCCGGGGAAUGGAAUGUGCAGGGUUCACCCCAAAUUCAAUCGAGGCAGGAAGCUCAACCGGGCGGGAAAGAGCCAAAGCUAUUCCGUUGGACUUCUUGUGCUGCUUUUCUUCGGCAUUGUGGGCUUCUUGCUGCUGGGUUGGCAGGAUUCAUCUGAGCGGAAGGAGUUCUUUGAUAACCAGAAUUCAGGACAAGAUUCUAUUUGGGCGGAGACAAAGCAGAUCAUCACCAGAGAGGGGGAUAAUGAGAUCUUUCAACAGAAGGAUGGGAGAAAACUUGGUCGUGUUUUAGUUCAUGGUAGUGGCAGUUGGGCCUCAAAAGUUCUGGGCUUUGGUCAGGGUUCUACUGGUUCAGGUCAGGAUUCAAGAUACUGGGAUAAGGAUGACAGGAGAAGGGAUGAGAAGUAUGAAAAUGACUUUGAGAUCUUGAAUGCGGAUGUUAGAUCUGUUUCGAAACCACAAAAGAUUGGCUUGGGUGAUGAGGAGGAGGAUGCUAAAGAAAACGGUUUCAAUAGUCAUGGAAAAAGUGGAGUAAACAAAGAUAUUGUGGGUCAAAACACAGCAGCUGCUCACUCUGAUUUGGAUAAAGGUAACAAGUCUAUAAGAAUGUCAAAUGGGCAAGAUUUGCAAAAUGAAAGCUUAUACAAUGAACAAGGUCGUAAUGAGCUCAAAAUAUAUGAAGCACAAUAUGAGGCAGACUUGAAAGAAGAACAAGGUCUAAAUAAGACAGGCUAUGAUGGUGGUUUAGUCAAUGCAGAUAAUGGCGAUAAUACUGGAGAAGAUAUUGCAGGGAAUUUGUCUUUAAUUGGAGGAAGAAAUAGGCAUUCUUCACAGACACAGAAUUCAAAGCAGACUACCACGGAGUAUGUGUAUGGUGAUGGUGACUUAUUUACAGAGAAGAAAUUUUUUGAUGUCAAGGACCAGCAUCCUCGUCAUGUGUCAGGGAUGGAGAAGGAUCAUCGUCAAGAUUAUAAGGGAAAAAACAUAAUUGAAACUCAAAUCAACAUGUCUUUAAAAAAUUCAUAUAAUUCAGAAGUUGAUAAUAACAACUUUUCUGUGGCUCAAAAUAACAAGUCUUUUAAAAAAUCAGAUGAUGGGAAUCUGAAACAAAGAAUGGAGACCAAUUUUGAAAAAGAAUCAUCAGCAUUCAUAUCUAGUUUUGAUCAAGAGAAUGCAGUUAAAGAAAUACAUGAAUGGUCACAGAAUCUUUCCAGAAGGGAGAAACUGGUGAACUUGAGUGAAAUUGGUACUUGGAAAAUGGAUAGUCAGAAAAGGAGUACAAAUUCCUCAAGAAGCAAACGUAGGAAGCCUCCAAGUCUUCCAUGUGAGGUGGGAUUCCUGAACUCAACCGAGGAGCUUCAAGAACCUGAAGAAAAUGUGAAGUUUGCAAAUUUUUCUUUAGAAUAUGUUCAAAGAGAGGAGAAACCUGAUGGAGUUGAUACAUGGGAGCCAAGGUUUGCAGGUCAUCAAAGUCUUGACGAAAGGGAAAACUCAUUUUAUGCAAGAGACCAGAAAUUGCAUUGUGGCUUUGUAAAGGGGUCCGAAGGAUCAUUAAGCACAGGAUUUGAUUUGUAUGAAAAGGAUGCCGAGUUCUUACGCACAUGCCAUAUUGCUGUUUCUUCAUGCAUCUUUGGAAACUCUGACAACAUAAGGGCACCCACGAGGAAAAAGGUCAGUCAAGCAUCCAAGAAGAUUGUCUGCUUUGUAAUGUUUAUUGAUGAGAAAACAUUGGAGACACUUUCUUUAGAAGGCCAAAAGCCAGAUGAAAAUGGUCAGAUAGGUUUAUGGAAAAUUGUGGUGGUUAGAAAUGUACCAUACACAGACAUGCGUCGAAAUGGGAAGAUUCCGAAAUUUUUGUCUCAUCGUCUCUUUCCAUCUGCCAGGUACUCCAUAUGGAUAGACAGUAAGAUGCGACUGAACAGUGAUCCACUUAAUAUCUUAGAAUAUUUUUUAUGGCGUGGUGGCUUUGAAUAUGCUAUUUCCAAUCAUUAUGACCGGCAUUGUGUCUGGGAGGAAGUGAUGCAGAAUAAACGACUGAAUAAAUUCAAUCAUACACUCAUUGAUGAGCAGUUCUCAUUGUACCAGGUUGAUGGGCUUACAAAAUUUAAUGCAUCUGAUCCAAACACACUCCUCCCAAGCUAUGUGCCAGAGGGAUCUUUUAUUGUGAGGGCUCACAGCCCCAUGUCAAAUCUCUUUUCAUGCCUUUGGUUCAAUGAAGUAGAUCGUUUCACACCAAGAGACCAGCUUAGCUUUGCUUAUACUUUUUUGAAGCUCAGGAGAAUGAAUCCAGAAACACAUUUAUGGUUGAACAUGUUUAAGGAUUGCGAACGAAGGUUUUUGUCAAAAUUAUUUCACCACAGGACAGAGUAACUGGAUGGUUGCCACCAACAUUGUUUGGCAACUGACUUAGGCUGUGCUGUAUUUGUAACUGAGAAAAUGAACCCCGGAUAUAGCUGGAGAGAAUGGAAGGGACAACAGGGCAUUCUUUUCUAUCCAUUAUUUACAAAGUUUCUGAAUGCAUACACGAUGCAUCAUAGAAAAGCAAUUUUCUGUUUGGAUGGCUUUAUAAUCAAUUUGAUGCAUUCAGACUUCUGUAUCUGUGAUUAAUUUGGUAUUUAAUGUCAUCUAUUCAUUAUUUAACGGCUGCCUUACUAGUGUAUAUGGAACAAUUAGUUCCAGGUUUUGGCAUUUGUAGCAAUAUUAUAAUUAUUUUAAUGAUAAUUAUUCAGUGUUGUGGAGUGAAA